AUACUUCGGCGUAGAGAAGUUAAGGAUGAGGAACAGGCACCAAGAACAAAUCCCAGCGUAAGGCUCCCUUUAAGCGCGGCUCCCAGGGUUACGUAUUCCCAUUGCCUACAGGCGAGGCCGCGGGUCUGUAAACAAGCGACUGCCGCUGCGACCUCCAUUUUGCUUCCUGGCACCAAAUCUAGGCUGACCUAUUUACUGCCAUCCCUUUCCCACUCCCGGUUUGGUUUUCUUUCUUUCUUUCUUUUUUUUUUCUCGAGACAGAGUCUCGCUCUGUAGCCCAGGCUGGAGUACAGUGGCGCGAUCUCGGCUCACAGCAACCUCCGCCUCCUGGGUCCAAGAGAUUCUCCUGCCUCAGCCUCCCGAGUAGCUGGGAUUACAGGCGCGCGCCACCACGCCCGGCUAAGUUUUUGUAUUUUUAGUAGAGACGGGUGGGGGGAGGGGGGAGGGGGUCACCAUGUUGGCCAGGCUACUCUCGAAAUCGUGACCUCGUGAUCCGCCCGCCUCGGCCUUCCAAAGUGCUAGGAUUACAGGCGUGAGCCACCACUCCCGGCCCUGGGUGCUGGUUUUCUUCACCUCCGAGUGAACAGCAGAGGGGGCUGUUGGGUGAGGGCCAGAAGAGUUGGGGAGGCACCAGAGCUUCCAGCGCUGCCCUCACUCAAGAUGGCGGCCAGAGCCUCGCGCUUGGUCGCGUGGGGCGGUGCGUGAGUGCUUAGCUCACAGGCUCCGGGACCGCGCUCGGGGGCGGGUCUAUAGUGGGAAGGGGACGCGCGCCCUGCGGCCCGGCCUCUAGUCAUCGCCCUCGCAGCGGCGGCCAACAUCACCGCCACUGCCACCCCUCCCAGACUGUGGACGGGGGGAUGGAGUCGAUGGCCGUCGCUACCGACGGCGGGGAGAGGCCGGGGGUCCCAGCGGGCUCAGGUCUGUCGGCUUCCCAGCGUCGGGCCGAGCUGCGUCGGAGAAAGCUGCUCAUGAACUCGGAACAGCGCAUCAACCGGAUCAUGGGCUUUCACAGGCCCGGGAGCGGCGCGGAAGAAGAAAGUCAAACAAAAUCAAAGCAGCAGGACAGUGAUAAACUGAACUCCCUCAGCGUUCCUUCCGUUUCAAAGCGAGUAGUGCUGGGUGAUUCAGUCAGUACAGGAACAACUGACCAGCAGGGUGGUGUGGCCGAGGUAAAGGGGACCCAACUGGGAGACAAAUUGGACUCGUUCAUUAAACCACCUGAGUGCAGUAAUGAUGUCAACCUUGAGCUCCGGCAGCGGAACAGAGGGGACCUGACAGCGGACUCAGUCCAGAGGGGUUCCCGCCAUGGCCUAGAGCAGUACCUUUCCAGAUUCGAAGAAGCAAUGAAGCUAAGGAAACAGCUGAUUAGUGAAAAACCCAGUCAAGAGGAUGGAAAUACAACAGAAGAAUUUGACUCUUUUCGAAUAUUUAGAUUGGUGGGAUGUGCACUUCUUGCUCUUGGAGUCAGAGCUUUUGUUUGCAAAUACUUGUCCAUAUUUGCUCCAUUUCUUACUUUACAACUUGCGUACAUGGGAUUAUACAAAUAUUUUCCCAAGAGUGAAAAGAAGAUAAAGACAACAGUACUAACAGCUGCACUUCUAUUGUCGGGAAUUCCUGCCGAAGUGAUAAAUCGAUCAAUGGAUACCUAUAGCAAAAUGGGCGAAGUCUUCACAGAUCUCUGUGUCUACUUUUUCACUUUUAUCUUUUGUCAUGAACUGCUUGAUUAUUGGGGCUCUGAAGUACCAUGAAGCCUGUAGAACUGAGAAGGAGAAGCUUACAAAAAAAAAAAAAAAUCCUCUUCUAUAUUGCAGUGUCUCUAAAGGAGGCAAAUUGGUUUACACCUUCAUGUAAUUCUUUUACUUUAGGGGUUGUAAAGCUACUUUAUUAGAAAUAGAAUGGCAGAUUCUCUGAUUUAAAAGGGCUGAGUUUGUAUUAUUACUGAUAUGAAGAAUAGAGUACCAAUGUCAUUAAUUGAUUUUUCUUGUUAAUCAGAAUUCCUAUUCUGUACCUUUCCUCUAACUUCUCAGAUUUGUAAUUCUUCUUUUGGGAGCUGAGCUAGUGCUUUUAGGAGAACAGAUAAAUGUGGUCUCAGCCAGCCCUAGAGACUGCUUCUUGUGUUUGUGUCAUUCUGUCCUGAGAAAUGAAGUCAUCUGAAAAAUAAAAUGAAAGAAACUGAAUUGUCUAAUGUUAA